AUUAUUUUUAAUGUGGUACCAUAGUAGAUUUAGGCUCUGAAUUAUAUACGUAUGCUUUUUUUGUUGUGUUUAACAAGUAUGACGUGUCAAAAUUAUGAACGUUUCCUAUACUCGUAAAUUGGUUAUCAUGCCAUUGUUUCGUAAUUAAACAACGAUUGUUCUAGUGGGUGUGGUACCUACGUUUAAAAUUGUCAAGAUUUUUUGAUUUUUGUAUCAGCAUUACGAUGAAAUUAUAUCAUUUGUGUGUCAUACUAUGUCUAUCGGCUACGGUCGUUUGGCGGCCAGUCCUGUCGGCAGGAAUAGAAGACUCCUCUCACAGGUCUGAAAUUGAGGCUUCCAAAUAUUUGGAAAACGCCAAUCGCGAAAUGGCCCAGUGGGCAAACCAAUACGCGCUUGCUGACUGGAAUUGGGCAACAAACUUGACUGACGAGAAUGCUGCAAAAAAGCUUGCCAUUAGCUUGGAAUAUAGCAAGUUCUCAAAAUGUAUGUGGGAAGAAACUGUUAAAUAUCCUUGGACAACAUACAAAGAUCCUAAUAUCAAAAGACAAUUCAAAUUAAUGUCAGACAUAGGAACAGAUGCUUUACCCGAAGACAAAGUGAAAAAAUUAGAGGAAACCAUUGAUGCCAUGCAAAGUUUGUACGACAAAGCCACCAUUCCAGAAUAUUGUGAAUCCAAUUCAAAUCGAACUUUGAGUUUUGAACCAGAUAUAACUGACAUAUUGGCUAAUAGUACUGAUGUAAAUGAACUGACAUAUAUGUGGGUUCAAUGGAGAGAGGCCACGGGAAAAAAAAUUCGACCUUUGUAUCCGGAAUACGUAAAACUGAACAACGAAGCGGCCAGAUUAAACAAUUACACGGAUACUGCAGAAUAUUGGAUUCGAGACUACGAAGUCGACGACUUUCGGCAGCGAAUAGAAUGUUUAUGGAAUCAGAUCAAGCCUCUAUACUUGCAAAUACAUGCUUACGUGCGUAGUAAGCUUAGGGAGAUAUACGGUGAAUCGCUGAUCACGAAAAAAGGACUUAUACCAGCACAACUGUUCGGUAAUAUGUGGGCGCAGUCGUGGGAAAAUUUGAAUGAUUUUACCCGACCAUAUCCAACCACCGACGAUGUAAACCCCACCUCAGCCAUGAUAGAUCAGAAGUACACUCCGAAAAAAAUGUUUAAAAUGGCCGAAGAGUUUUACACGUCCAUAAACUUGAGUCCAAUGACCCCAACUUUCUGGGAAAGAUCUGUUAUUGAGAAGCCAAAUGGUGUCGAUAUGGAAUGCUUUGCAUCAGCUUGGGACUUUAGCGAUUCUAAAGACUUCAGAAUCAAGGAAUGCACAUCGGUAAAUUUUAUAGAUUUUAUAACUCUCCACCACGAGAUGGGACACAUCGAAUACUACAUGCAAUACGCAAACCAGCCUUACAUAUACCACGGAGGAGCUAACGAAGGUACAAUUAUAUACGAGUAUUGUAAUAUUGUAAUAUUUUGUAGUAUUACACUAUAACUUUUGUUUAACAUU